AUGACAGCAGAGCCGCCGCUUUGUUUUUUGGAGCAAUUAAACUACCACCAUGUGCUCCAAUGCACACUUUCUCAACUAACCAGCUCUCGCAUCUUGAGGCAGUUCUGGUUGACAUAUGUGCCUCUCCUAGGCGAAUAUGUACCAGCAAUCCGCCAUGCUCUGACGGCUCUUGGUGCCGCUCAUCGAUUAUUUUUAUGCCGAGACGAACUCCAUUUACGACCAUCUUUAUUACAUGAGAGCAACCUCUUCCUUCUCCGGCAGUAUAAUCUCGCGAUACUACAUAUCCAACCAAUAAUGAGCAAUGCAACGGGAGUUGACAUUCAAGUCGUGCUUGCCUGCUGUCUUAUUUUCGUCUGUAUCGAAUAUUUACGUGGUUCCUAUUUCUUAGCUGUACAGCACCUACAGGCUGGCUCACGCAUCCUGUUUUCCGUAUCCAGAGCAAACAAGCAGCCUCGCCUGGCUUCAGCACUGCUGCAGGAUAAAGAUGCAUUCACGUCGCUCAAGGAUGAUUCAAAGGGAAAUGAAAUGGAUGCCAUUGUGGAUAUUUUUUCACGGCUGGGCUCAGAUCUUUCAACAGGGCUCGACAAAGUGGUGGUGUCUCACCUUGAUCUCUUCGGUCUUUCAGCCCCGGCCAGAAUGAAUUCUGACUACGUUGCAUUUCCGAGUCUGACUGUUGCCGAAGAAGAGCUGCGGAGUUUUGAGAUUGCAUUUGAGGCUUUCUAUGAGCAUAUAACCUUGAAGAAAACCACCGAAUCGCAUAUCGAUGAGAUUGAUAAGUCCCUAUAUCUCAUUCUCUGCCAACGCUUUGAGAAAUGGAGCUGUAAAUUGGACUUGUACGAAAAGGAUCGCCAACCCAGCAGAGCAGACGACGCUCAAGAACGGUACGACUUCCUAAAGUUUCGCCUGUUACAAAAGACUUGGGCCGUAACGUUGAAGGACGAGAGCCGGAACGUCGCCGUGGAAGAUAAAGUUGAGCACGAAGAUCUGAGCGCCAUCAUCACACGAGUGGAGGAACUACUUCAGGCCGUGCCACCAGCGCCCCAUCCUGCCUUUGCGCUUGAUUCUGUUCACCUACCAUCUUUGGCCUAUGCAGGGUGGCUCGCCGAAGAUUUAGAAAUUCUAAAAAGAGUUGUGGAGUUGUUCAGGUCGAUAGAUAUCAGGGAGGGUGGUUGGGACAGUAGGGAGCUAGCGGAGAUCUUCGAGGCGUUCCUAGUCGCGAAGCAGCAACAUUCACAACUGAUCAACCCCAACAUGACUACAGGGGCUGUGAGUAUGCUGAGAUAUCUGGUUGAUUUAAACCUACCAUGUCUGCGCGCUUCAAAUCCAACCGUUACGUUUGCGAAGCGCUAUCUUCAGCAACUGGGCGCGAGUACAGAAAUGUAUUAA